AUGGAUUUUUAUUUAGAAAUUGACCCAGUUACUUUGAACCUGAUCAUCCUGGCAGCUAGCUAUGUCAUCUUGCUGUUGGUUUUCCUAAUUUCUUGUUUGCUGUAUGACUGCAGAGGGAGAGACCCAAGUAAGGAAUAUGCUCCUGAGAUUCCAGUGGAAACCCAGCCUCCAAUCCAGCUAGUGGUGAUGCAGCAAGGGAACCCUAGUACCCAUUGGGCUAAAGGACUUGCCCCUACUUAUGAAAAUCCUUUUGGUCCACCAGGGAAAAGGACUACGGUUGUAUAAAGAAGG